AUGGAUCUAGAAUACGAAGAAAUACAAAACAAUUAUUACAAUGAUAUUCAGUUACAAGAAUAAAGAGAUUUAUUUGAAAAUCCCCCAAAUGAAAAUAAAAAGAUAUCAAUAAAAGACUUUAAUUUAAUCAAAGUUAUUGGAAAAGGAUCAUACGCCAAAGUAGUAUUAGUAAAAAAGAAAUCAGACGGGAAAAUAUAUGCAAUAAAAAUGUUAAAAAAAUCCUACAUAGAGCAUAAAAAAUAAGUCGAACAUACAAAAAUAGAAAGAAAUAUAUUAGUAUCAGCCACUCAUCCAUUUAUAAUAAAGCUCCAUUAUUCAUUUUAAAAUGAAAGAAAAUUAUUUUUUGUGCUAGAAUAUUGCCCAGGAGGGGAAUUAUUUAAUCUAUUAUGCAAAUACAGACGCUUUGAUGAAUACACAACUAAAUUCUAUGCCUCUUAAAUUGUUUUAGCAUUAGAAUAUUUACAUGAAAGGAAUAUUAUAUAUAGAGAUUUAAAACCUGAAAACGUAUUAAUUGAUAAAGAAGGAUAUUUGAAAAUUGCUGAUUUUGGUCUUUCAAAAAAAAAUAUACAUGGAUAAACAGCCGUUUCUAUUUGUGGAACUCCUGAAUAUUUAGCUCCUGAAGUACUUUUAAAAAAAGGACAUGGAAAACCUGUUGAUUGGUGGACCCUUGGGUGCUUUAUCUAUGAGUUAAUUACUGGUUUGCCACCAUUUUAUAAAGAAGAUAGAAAAUAAUUAUUUGAGUGUAUCAAAUAUAAUAAUUUCCCUUAAAUCAAAGAUAGUGUUAAAGCUUCUCCAGAGCUUAAAAAUCUUAUUUCAGGACUUUUAGAAAAAAAUCCUGAUCAAAGGUUAGGAUAUUAAAGCAGUAAUUAAAUAAAAUAACAUCCCUUUUUUGCUAAAAUUAAAUGGGAUUAUCUAAUUAAUAAAUAAAUCGUGGCACCUUUUAUUCCGAAAAUUAAAAAUGAACUUGACACUAAAUAUUUUGACCCAGAAUUUGCUAAAUUAGAUAUAUAAUCUUAUGGAUCGGAAAUAAACUCAUUAGAAAAUUAAGUUAAAUAUGAAGGUUUUUAUAUUUUUAUUUAAAUUUACUUAAUCUAUUGUUUUUAUUUUUAUAGAUUUUUCUUAUUAAGCAGAAUCACUUAAAUGAUUUUUUCUUUUGAUAAUAAAAAUAUUAUGUAGACAAUAAUAUAUAUAUAUAAACUUUAUAAUCUUUUACCAAAAUUUCUUUUAAAUAAAUAAUUAUAAAAUUUAUAAUUUAUUAUUAUAUACAUAAUAUUUUUUACUUUUAAAAAAUUCAAUUUAAUUCUUUAUAUAUUUAUUAAAAUUAUUUAUAUAAUUAUAGAAUAUAUUUUUUAAAAAAAUAUAAAUAUAAAAUUGCGAAAAAAAUAUUAUCAAAAUUUGUAUCAAAAGAAUAAUAAAAGAAAAAUCAUCAAUAUAUAUAUUUAUCAUUUUUUUAUACUUUUAAUUUAAUAUAAGUAGAUAUUUUAAGUGAAAUUUAUUAUUUUUAAUCCAAAUUUAAAUUUAAAUAUAUGUUAUAUAUUUUAUAUGAUUUUUAAGCAUAUAAAAAAUAACAAGAUUAUCCGAAUAAAGAUUUUAAAUUUAAAAACAAUUUAUUUCAUAAAUAUUUUUGAAAUAAAUAAACAUAAAUAAUAUGUACAAUGA